GGGGUGUCUCCUGGGGAAGAAGAGGGCUGUGAUCCUGAACUCUAUAUAAAUAGACGGCUGAGAGCUGAUCGGCUCCAGACUACGCUCCCGAAGCUCAUCGUUCCUGCUGCUCGCCCAAGAUUGCCCCAGUUUUGCAGAGAGAUGGCCCAGACCAAGGAAAAUAUCCACGACAUCGGUGGUUUCUACCUGUGUGCCCAAAGUGGUGGCAACUGCAGCCCCCUGAGCAGGGAGGAGCUGAGGCAGCUCAUUGAGCAGGAGUUUGAGGACGUGAUGGAGAAGCCCCAGGACCCCAAAACUGUCAAGAAGGUGCUGCACUUCCUGGAUGAUGACAGCAAACGCAGGGUUGACUUCAGAGAGUUGCUCAGCCUGGUUUUCCGCACGGCCAAGGCUUGUUACAAACCACUGCAGCCUGGCCAGGGGCAGGAAGAUGGUCAAGAGUCAACAGAGGAAGAGAAGGCAGGUGGGAAGCGGCCACCAGGGCCUCACACAGCGGGAAGGGUCUCCCACAACCAGCAGGUCCCCAAGGAGGGUGUGAAUGAUCAAGAUCAGGACUCAGACACCAGUGAAAACCAAGAGAGUGAGACACCAGAGGAGGACCAGGACACCCGUGAAAACCAAGAGGGUGAGACAUCAGAGGACCAGGACAACCAUCAAAACCAAGAGGGUGAGACACCAAAGCAGGACAAGGAAAAACGUCAAACCCAAGAAGGUGAGACACCAAAGCAGGACCAGGACAAACGUGAAACCCAAGAGGGUAAGACACCAAAGCAGGACCAGGACAAACGUGAAACCCAAGAAGGUGAGACACCAAAGCAGGACCAGGACAAACGUGAAACCCAGGAGGGUGAGAAACCAAAGCAAGACCGGGACAAACGUGAAACCCAGGAGGGUGAGACACCAAAGCAAGACCGGGACAAACGUGAAACCCAGGAGGGUAAGAAGAAAGAGAAGGACCAGGACAAACGUGAAACCCAGGAGGGUGAGACACCAAAGCAAGACCGGGACAAACGUGAAACCCAGGAGGGUAAGAAGAAGGAGCAGGACCAGGACAACCGUCAGAAUGACAGGACUGGAGCACCAGAAGGGGAGCCAAAGAGAGGUGAGAUUCUGGACACUGCAAAACCAGGGCAGAACAGAAAUACUCAUAAGGCUGAAGAGACUGAGACACCAAAACAGGACCCAAAAACCCACCAGACCAAAGAAACUGAGGCACCAGGACAGGGCUCAAACCACCAUAAGAGUCCAGAGACAAAGUCAGCAGAGAAGGACCCUAAUUGUCCCUCUGAGACACAAGGAAGAGACCCAAAGAACAAGACGCAUGGCUGCGAGGCCUCCAACCCUGACACGACCCAGAAGCUGCUGCCCCCUCAGCGUGGUACAAGCCCCCGUCGGGAUCCCAAGCCCCGGGGACCACACCACGACCCAGCUUUCCAUUGGCUCCCUGAAUCCAAGGUGCUGGAGCCAGAGCACAGCGGGGCAGAGGCUCCAUCUGGUCCAGCACGACAGCACCAAGACACUCAUCAGCACAAACAACCCAUUAUCGACCAACAGGUCCUGCAGUCUCUGUACCAGUGGCCACCACAGCAGUAAAGGCAAGAUGA